AUGAUUCGAACCAAUUCAAGCGUUCAAAUUCAAAAAUUGCAAAUACCAUUGUAAUAAAUAAGUCCAUUUAAUGGUCAAAUACGAUAUAGCAAUCCAUAUUCUGAUACUCCUAGCACUCCUUCGAAAUCAAUAAUUGGUUAAUAAAUUAGAGGAUCAUCUACAUUUACACCUAACAAAUCUUAAUAGACAUUUUAUUUUAAAGAGAAUUCAAAUACAAUUGAGAGUAAAAUACAAUCAUUAGUUAAUGAGAACUGUUAUCUAAAUUAGGAAUUAGAAAAAGCAAGAAGUGAAAUAUAAAAUAAUGCUUAAUAGUAUGAAUAAUUAUACAUAAUUAAAGAGAGAGUAAGUAAAUUGGAAGAAUUAAUAGAUACAUAAUAAAAUGAAAUAGAAAUAUGGAAAUUAAAAUAUUAAAAAGCAGCUGCUGGAGAUUCAAGAUUAGAAAUAUAAUAAAUGGAAUAAUAAAUAUAUAAUGUAAUUGAUGAAAAUGAAAGAUUAAAUAAAAUUAUAUCAAAUUUAGAAUAAUAAUAAUAAGAAAAGGAUCAAGAAAUUAAAACUCUUAUGAUGUCAAUUUAGAAAUAAGAAAUGGAAAUGAAGAAAUAAAAAGAUAAAUUAAUAGUAUUAGAAAAAGCCAAUAAACCUGCAUUUUCAUGUAAUCCAUUUGCUAUUGACAAUAAAAAACCAUCAAAAUCUUCAACAAAUGAUUUAAGAUAAAGUAAAUGCAAAAUAAAUGAAUAAGAUUCAAAUGCAAAUAGAAAAAAAAGUGAUCAUGCAUAUAAAUAAAUCUAAACUAAAAGUUAAUAAGAAUAUACUGAUUUACAAAAUUAAAUUAAAUAAUUAUAAACUGACAAAUAAUAGUUGUAAAUAACUAUUGAAGAAUUAUAGGAAAAGUUAUUAAAUAAAGAACUUCAAAAAAGUGAAAAUAAAGAUUCUUAGAAAGAUUCUAACUAAGAGUAAAACAUCUCAAUAUUAAAGCAAGUAAUAUUCAAAUAUUAUCAUUUAGGAAGUCUCAAAUCAAUAGAUACUAAUACUCGAAGAGUUUAAGAAAUAUAAAUUAUGUUAGUCGCAAAAUUAAAUGAUAAAGGAACAAUUACUUUAAUGGGAAUAGUUUUUCAAGUCCUUCAAUAGUUAAAUUAAUACACCUAAUGAGCAAGAGGAUGGAAUAGAUGCUGCUAUUGAGGAAUUUCAAAGUAGCUCAGCAAACUGUUUAAAAUUAAUUGAUUCAUUCCAAAAAUGA